AUGUCUGCCGAACCUCUCUUGAAAUGCGAUCACAGUGAUGAUCCUGAUUUUCCAAAGAGUAUUGAAUUUCUUCAAACACCCUCUCCAACGAAUCCUCAUGCUAAAAAUUUAAUUGGAAAGGAAAUCACGACGCAUCAAAAAUUCAUCUUUUUCCAACAAGUGAUUGAUAUUGUGAGAUAUGUAUUAUGUUGGACUCCUACGGGAUCUAACUCUGGAACAGCCUACGAUGAGCAAUUCGGUUCUGAAACAGAAUUGAAUACUUUCAAGAAUUUACUUUUUGAUCCAAAAAUUAGUUUGUUGAAAGGAGUCAGAGAAUACAUAAAGGAACAUCCUGAGAGUGUUCAAUUGGAUGAGAGUCUCAAUGAAGAUGAAAAUUAUGAACAAGAACUGUACGAUAAGGCCAACGAAGAUGUUUCCAAAAACUAUGCACAAGUCAAUAUUCACACCAAUUUGAAAGAUGGCAAACAUGCAAGUGACACUUUUUUACAAAAUGUCAAGAAAAAUAUUUUCGGCCUCUCUGCGGAGGAGUAUUUAUUGUUGAGAAAAUCGGUCUAUUUGUGUAAUACGGGAAUUUAUUUAUUUAUUAGAGGUUGGGAUCCUCAAUGUACGGCAGGAACUCCACAACGAGUGGCCAAACUUAUUGUUGACAACUUGGUCUGGCGUUGGAUUUACACUCCAGAACUCACCAAGUGGGAUGACGUUGUGGAGAGUGCAAAAUAUGGCUCUCUCUACGAUUAUGGAUUUGACCGUGAAGGAAAUCCAAUGCUUUAUAUGAUUGUUGGAAGAGAGAACUUGAAACAAAAAAUGGAUGAUCGAGCAUUGAUGCUUCGUUUUCGUCAUUUGUGUCUCUGUUUUGAACACAUGAUAGAUCGACUCUAUGAUGGUUCCUCUCAAAACUAUCUUGGUAAGGACAGGGAUGAACAUGUCGGUCAAGCUCCAUUCCAAAUUACUUGGGUCGUUGACAUUAAGGAUAGUAGUAUCAAUAUUGAUUUGGUGAAACGAAUCAAGUUCAUUUUCGAUUUACUUGGUUUCUAUUAUCCUGAACGAUCUGAGCUUGUUUUUGUUAUGAACGUUCCAUGGUACGGAAAGAUGUUGUGGGCAGUGAUUUCUCAAUUUUUAACACAAAGACAACGUGAUCAAUAUCAAUUCUUGUCAGAUCCUUACAUUACCAGACUUUGUCAAUCCAUUGAACCCAAAUUUAUUAGCUCUGACUUGAAUAUUUCAGGAAUUGGUGCUGACACUGAAUCAACCUUUAAAUUUAACAUUCGUAAUAGAAUGAAGAAGUACCGCGAAGAGCGUGUGGUGAAGUGGAUUUGA